AUGAAGAGCUUAUUGAAUAAGCGGUUUUCGCCUAAACGUCGAAAUAAACCAAUCACUUACGCACCAGCUUCAGCAGCGAAACCUAAACCCAAACCCAAACCUAAACCCAAACAACUGGACCCACCAAUGCAAUCCGGUGAGAGCAGUAGCCAGAAAAGCAGCACUCCCAUACCAAUCAAGUCUAUAUUAAGACCUGUUGAUGGCACGCACGAACAUGAGAAUAAAUCUGUCCGCAUUGUGGAAUCUUCACCACAUCCGGAGUCUGUUCCAAUCAGCACACCAACUAGGAUAAUAGUAGGACCAUUACCUGAUGGAAAUGUUAGUGACUCUUUGGUAUAUAAUGCCAGCGAUUUAGAAAAGGGUCAUAUCGGCGUCGCGGAGGAAUCGUCACCGCUACUAGAAUCACAGUUGCCUGAUUUGACAACAUACCAAACAAUUUCCCCAGAGUCCAACCCCACUGCACAGAUACAUUGCUGGUCAACACCCUCGUUGCCAAUUCCAAUACCACCACCAUCAAGCGAUCAGCCAUGUUCAGGCGACCCCGUGCAGUCACCCUCAAUUCCCCCAUCCAGGGAAUCACCAUUUACCAGUCCGUUAAGUCGGUUCUUGCAAAUGCUAUACGCAAGAUAUCCUGUCAUCAUAACUUAUAUCCUAAUCACCAUCUGUGUCAUUGGGAUAAUAUAUUCUUUAGUAACAGGAACUGGUAGAUCAUAUCUCUUGGUUAUUAUAAAGGCAUGUAUAUGCUGGAUAAUGGGUACAGACGUGGCAAGAAUGCUUUUUGGUACCCAGUUCUGUGAUAUUGAGUUUAAAGUGUCAUGA